AUGUCUUGGCGCUCAAUGUUCGCCCUCAAACGCGUAGCCGUGCGCGCGCUAUCACAGCAACCCUUGCGCCAACUCUCCACCUCCACCUUCCGACCCCAGACGACUCGCGUGCCUGUUUCAUCCAAGCCCGCCAUACUCAGAUCUUUUCAUCAGUCGAGAUUAUGGCUAGCGGAGGAGAAGGCUGGAGAGACGGCGACAACAGAUGCGGCGACACAGCCUGGCUCAAGCUCAGCCGCCGUGGAUGCCGUCUCAGAGGCUUCUGGCACCACCGCUGAACCUAUCGACUCGCCCCACGACAUCAACGCCCACGACUCGGGCCCAGCAUUGAACACUUCCAGCAAUGAUGCCAAUGCCAUGCCCUCCGCCACUUCAGGCGUCGAAGCCUCAGAAAUGCCGCGUGCUGAAGAGACUACCACACAGCAGCAUUCAGAGUCGCAAGACGAGUCCCUAAAGGACAAAGCCCGCGACGCCGCAUCUUCCGCAGCAGACACAGUCCAGGACGCCACCGCCUCCGCCGCAGCGUCAGCCCGCAGCGCCUUUGACCAAACCGCCUCCAAACUCCAAAGCAAAUCCGCCGAAUUCCCACCCCGAACUCCAGCACCUACCGCCGCAUCAUCCUCCACCAACUCAGCAACCAGCUUUCUCCGCUCCUCCGCUCCCAAGAACAAGAUCCUCUACAUCGGCAACCUCUUCUUCGAAGUCUCGGCCCAGCAACUCGAAGCAGAAUUCGCUCGUUUCGGGACAGUAACCAAUGCCCGAGUGGUCAGUGAUCAGCGCGGUCUAAGCAAGGGUUUCGGCUACGUAGAGUUCUCGGAUCAGUCAGGUGCAGAUAAAGCGGUCAAGGAGUUGGAUCAGAAGGUUUUCCAGGGGAGGCGCAUGGCGGUACAGUACCAUGUUCAGCGGGACAGACAGCAGGGACGCAAUGAUCGUCCGGCGGGCGGUAUGGCGAGGGGUGGGGAGAGGUUUGAUCGGCCGGCAAAUCCGCCGAGUAAGACGUUGUUUAUUGGAAACAUGAGCUAUCAGAUGAGUGAUCGGGAUUUGAAUGAUCUUUUCCGUGAAAUCAGGAAUGUCCUCGAUGUCCGAGUGGCGAUUGAUCGACGAUCUGGUCAGCCGAGAGGUUUCGCUCAUGCGGACUUCAUUGAUGUCGAGAGUGCGGAGAAGGCCAAGGAGUAUUUGGAGAAGAAGGUCAUCUAUGGGCGCACGUUGAAGAUUGAUUAUAGUGCGCAGAACAACAGUGGCAUGAGGAGGGAUGGUGGCGAUGCGGAGUAA